GAAGGUUAUGGGCGAAGAGGAAUAUUUUCCUUCUCCACAGUGCUGUCCAGGAACUCAAAGGUCCCAAGUUUGGAUCUUGCAGGACAAUGGAAGUUAAUAGCAGUGGUAAGACAAAUCUUCGAGCAAGGAGACCUUUGAUGGCACGCCGUGGGCUGUGGUCGCCAGAGGAAGACGAGCGAUUGAUGGAGUGCCUGCUCAAGCACGGCCACAGCCGAUGGAGUGACAUUCCAAAGCAUGCGGGUCUCAAGCGAUGCGGGAAGAGCUGCAGGCUGCGAUGGAUCAAUUAUCUGAGGCCGGAGCUCAACCAUAGCGAUUUCUCGGCCCAGGAGGAGAAGUUCAUUGUGGAAAUGCAUGCAAUUGUGGGAAACAGAUGGUCCCAGAUUGCUGCAAAGCUCCCCGGUCGCACAGACAACCAGAUCAAGAACUACUGGAACUCGACCAUCAAAAAGAAGUUCAAGGCGCUUGGGAUUGAUCCCGUGACACACGCUAGAUCAACCUCUAUGCACACAACCUCCUCAGGGUUUAUUAGAAGUGAAUUCGAAGCUCCUGCCGCGACUGCUGCUACUCCCAGAUCCAUGUCUUGGGCACUCACAAACAGCAGCAACAGCGGCGGCAGCAGUACUAGCAGCAGCAGCAGCAGAAAUUCUCCAGUUUCGCAGAGCCAGCAGCACGAGGAGCCCAGGAGUCAUCAAUGUCUGGUGGGUUUCGAGGCUGGUUCUGUUGCUGCCGCUCCAACCAUCCUCGACCCCUUCGAUCUCGCACACAUUUUCGAGGAGCCCAGCAGCGAAAUGCUCCAGAGCAGCGAGUCGCGGGGCGGAUCUUUCCUGGAGGAAGACGACUUGUUCUGGACAGGAUUCGGCUCGACUUGAAGGCAGGAAAAUCAUUCUUCUUUGAGUGAAAUCCGUAUAUUCCACGUGUAAACUAUCGCCACUGAAAAAAUAUGCCAGAGUGUAUAGAGAUACAAAAUCGCAUUUUCUAA